AUGGCCGGUGGUAUUUCAGUCCGCGAUGUCGAUGCGCAAAAGUUCAUCGUCGCAUAUGCCGAUUUCUUGAAGAGACAGGGAAAGCUUCCUAUCCCCGGCUGGGUUGAUACCGUCAAGACUGGCCAUGCGAAGGAGCUCCCCCCUCAAUCUAUCGACUGGUUCUACGUCCGCGCCGCCUCGAUCGCCAGACACGUAUACCUCCGGAAGACUGUCGGUGUCGGCCGAUUGACCAAGGUCCACGGAUCCGCAAAGAACCGCGGCUCCCGCCCUUCACAUCACACCACCGCCAGCGGAAGCGUUGACCGCAAGGCCAUGCAAGCCCUUGAGAAGAUCGGUGUCCUGGAGCAGGAUGAGGACAAGGGAGGCCGACGCAUCACUCAGAGUGGACAGCGUGAUUUAGAUCGUAUCGCGCAGAACACUGUUGAGACUGAGGAGGAAGAGGAUGACGAGUAA